AUGAAGGGCGAUGAGGCCAGGGAGCUGCUAGGGUUUCCGCCCGAUUCUCGGCCCUCAAUCGCUCAGGUAAUUCCUUGAUGACCUCCUCCCCAUCAUUCCGAUGGUCUUCUUGCCUGGUCUCCCGCGGAAUUCUUUCUGCAACGCUUUUGUAGGUGAUUCGGGGUGAAUUCUCUGUGUCAGAGCCCGCAGGGCGACGGGGGUGGGGGAGAUGGGAGAAGGAGACGCAUUGACUUAAUUCUGUGAACCUCCGGGAGACUCUUGCCCCCGUAGUCGACCUAGAAUUGGAGGAAUUUGAAUUUUGACGAAUCAUUUCACGUGGCUGCAUCCCGCUUUCCUUCUCCGUACGCAAGGGCGGAAUUGUGGGAAAUGAAAGCGCCAUCGUUGCAAAUUAAAGGUGAAAUAAUAGGAUUUCCUCUGUUUCUGCUGAUCUGUUCAUGGUGCCUGAUGACGAGCUCACGGGGAAUAUGUUGAAAAUUCAUGCUACCUGCUUUACGGGAGGACCAAGCUGACGCUGUUCCAUGGUUUUCUGGCCUAGUUUGUGUAGGAAUAAGGGUGUCUUUUGAUGGCGGUGUGGCCAGAUUCUUUUUAGUUUUUCGAGGCAAUGGCAGUUGCCGAUGCUAUUGUGUGAGAAAUCUAAUGAGUACCUCAGACCAGGUCAAAGCAGCUUACAAGAAGAAGGUGUGGGAUUCACACCCUGAUCGGUUCCCAGAGCAUGCAAAGUCUCACGCAGAGUCAAAGUUCAAGAUGGUAAGACUCUGAGCUGCACUGCGUUUAUGCUUCACCGUAACCAGUGACUUAAGUGUCUUGAACAUAUGCUUUAUGACAAAAAGAACGUGUAGAAAACUUCUUCUAAUAGCGGUAUUAACUUUUUUUCGCUCAUCGCCAAUGAUACUUGGCUCUCACGCAGUCGAAUGGUAUAGUAUGAUUUGUUGAAUAGAUUUGGAAACUGUGGCAUUUAAGUGGAGUCAGGAAGAAAAUUGAUGAUGUUUGGUUUCGAGGUGCAAAAAAAAUUUGCGGAUUUUGUAAAAUCAGUGAGAAGACAGUGGGAACCCCACAGCCUUUGCACAGAUAUUUUUCCUGGCGUACCCUUUAGAAGCCUUUAGAUGUACAUAUCAAUCAUUGGUCAUGUCAUGCUCUUCUUAGUUGCUGUCUAUUUUACUUCAUAACCACUUACUCCCAAUGAAUUCGCGUUUUAUUUCACGUUUUACCUUUCAUCUUUUUCCUAUUUUACUGCUUUGGAAGGAAUAGUUUUGUCUGACCGUGCUAAUUAAAAAUGAAGCAUAUUAACAAAUAGCCUGAAAACUGAAGAGAGAAACGCUAACCCCAAUAUCAUAAUAAAUUUAGGUCAAGGGAAAAAUGAAUUAAUUUGAGUAAUAAGAUGACAUAUUUGUAAGAGCUUUCAGCAAAAUAAGAUUCUGGGUAAGCAUAAGAUCAAUGUGUUUUCUGAGGUUUACAGUAGUAUGAGAGGAAUUGGCUCCACGUGUAUACCGGGCAUAACAUUUAUGGAAGGUGGAGGAUGUUUGCCAAGGAGUUGAAUCUGGUAAAAUGUGUUUGAUUUUGAUUUACAUGCAUCUUGCUGUGUUGUUUUUGUCACAAAGUGUAUUUAUUUCAAGAUUCAUAAUGUAAGGUUGGCUUGUAUUGUCUUAUCUAAGAUUGCAUGUAUGUAUUUAGAAAUUUACAGUACAUCAUCUUGGUGAAAUUUUCCUUCUGAUUAAUUUGCUGACACAGUAUCCCAUUUAUUGCAGAUGCAAGAAGCUUACUCAUGCAUGAUGGCUGGUAUGUCUAUUAAUAUUUAUUGAUUGUUGGCUCUUAAGAGUAUCAUGUUUUGCAAACACCCAAGUAAAUUAGUAAAUUAUCAUACCUGUAUAACUACAUUUUAUUUUUUUUCUUACGUUUGAUUCAUAAAUUUCUACACUUCCUUGGUCUUCUAGUUCCUUAGUCGGACUAAACGUAGCAUCAGAUUCGCCUUCCCGAGGAAACCUAUGUCUCUUUUGUUUUGCCAGUCCUGAAUAUGAUAUCCUAUACCUAGCGGGAAAUUAAAUUCUGAUAAUCUUCUCUGCUGAUCAUGAAGCUCAAGUGUGUCUUACUUCCAUCUUUUUCUGUUUCGUACACCAAUGAUCCAGAAGAAACCCACAUAUUAUUCUAGAUAGAGUUGAUUAAUAAAUUCCCUAGAUUUUUCUGCCUAUUUUUCUGUUUCCUGCCUGUUAGAUGUGUUCGUUUUUAUUCUACAGAGAAAUUUUCCCUUUUGUAUCUCGUGUUGCCAAUGUCAUUCACUUUUUCUUAUUGUAACCGCCUUGGCGAGCUUACUUGGAUGUAAUGUGGGCUAAUGCCCAUCAGAAAUUUAAUGGGCAUAUGAGCAUUAGCUUAGACUAGUGGGCUCCAUAACUUCUUAAGGUUUUAUUUGAUCUUGACCAAUGGGCAGAAGACACCCAUAGGAUUUUAUUAGGUAUGUUUGUAUUUGACUUGACCAGUGGACGCAAAUUUGACAUGAUGAUUUGACCAGUGGACGCAAAUUUGACAUGAUGAUUUGACCAGUGGACUUUGAGGCAUUAAGGCUAGCACUAUAACAGUCCUCUGAAAAUAUAGUGCUAUAAGAAACGAAAGACCCACUUUAGUUCUAUAUCUAUUUUUUUAGAGAAGUUAGUUCCUUUUUCAUGACUGAUCAUUUAGAACCUACCAGCAUGACCCAUUAUCUUCUUUCGAUAUAUAUGUUUGAACUUAUUAAAUUCUUCAAGACCAUGCUAGUAUUGUCUGCAUUGAAUGAGAGUGUACUGUUUUGCUCAAGGGUUUGUGGUAUUUGCUGAUUAUUUUUUAUUAUUAUUAUUUAUUAUCAUGGCCAUCACAGGUGGGAGAGCUGACCAGUUUUCAGAAGGUAACUUCAUGAUCAGUGUCUCGGUCAACAUUUUUAGUCUUUUUAUAAUUGACUGAUUUCUAUAAAAUAACAGCCCACACUUAUCAGUAAGAUUUUUCGAUAAUAACAAUCAAUCUGAUACUAUUUUUACAAGUAAACACGCAAAAAUUGCAUCGUUCUAUAAUUGGUUGAUUUCUGAAAAUAACACCCCGCACAAUUUUCAGUAAUAUAUUUCCACAAAAUCCUCCAAUCUGCCGUUCUUUUGACAAGUCAAAGGUCAAAAGUACAGUAAGUUGACAAUUAUUUCUGGAAGGGCACUAUUUCAUCAAAGGAGAUGUACCAUUAUUUUUCAAGAAAUGGCUCUGCCAUUCCUUCAAUGAACCUGACGAAUUUAUUUUUUUCCAAGAAGAGCUGCUCAUGUCUGCUAUUACUUUUGAGAGAUGUACUACUUAGCUAAAAGAGCUGCAACAUUAUUUUUUAAGAAAAUUACCCCCUACCACUCUCCUCAACCCAGUGUUUCUUUUCUUUUCCCAAAAACUAGCUACUCAUGUACGUGUUGUGAGGAAGGGUGUCUAUGGAGCUCACAAGAGGGGGAGCAGCACCCUCAUCAAGGCUCCAUUCCUCCUCAUCAUCCUCGGAACCCUCUCCCUUGGGGGCUUCAAUGCCCACCGGUAUGCUUCCUCUUUCGGCAAAAUCUUCCAUACUUGUCCUUGGAUCAUCCUUCAGUUUCUCUUCUCUUCUCUCACACUCCUCCUUUCUGGGCUGUCCUUCUCCAGAGCAUACCAGAAGCAGAAGGAGGAUUUCCCUGUGAGUAACCCAUUCCUUCCUUAG